AUCACAAAAUGAACAAGCAAAUUCGUAGCUAAACACACAUAUGUGCCACCCUCAACCUCAUGCCACUCCUAGAAAACCAUAGCUAAUAGCACCUUCAAACCUUCGGCCGGUUGGGGAAGAAGCUGGAAAUAGAGACUAAGAGGUAGUCGAUCAUCACCGGAGGGGGAAAAGGCUUGCCGGAGUAAUUGCCGGACUACUCCGUACGUCGGAAAAACAAAAGAGGAGGAACUACCGGAGCUCGCCAAACCACUGCUAGCUGCCGCCGACUGAGCUACGUCCAACAGGCGAACCACUUGCUAUCGUUAAGGUGAAAUCGGAGCAGAAGUCGAUACAGAAGCUUAUUAAGAAUAAUUGGAAUUUGAGAGCCACCAUGCCACCGAGGAGAGAUCCGAAUGCCGUCCCUACCAAUGCUGAGCUAGCGCAAGCCCUCACGCAGCUUGCCCAGACAGUCAAUGUGGCGUUCCUUCGGAACCAACCCAACAACGACAAUAACUUGGAAAGUCGUGUAGCGGCACGAAACCCGCCGAACUUCCUUGGGCAAGAGGAUCCCGUCCUUCUCGAGAAUUGGAUACGCACCUUCGACAAGCUAUUUGACGCGAUCAAUUGCCCGACAGAUCAACGAAUUAACAUCGCUGUUUAUUAUCUGCAUGAAGAAGCAGAUAAAUGGUGGGUUCAUGUGGGACCAAGGAUGAGCACACAACCGAACUUCACUUGGGAUCACUUCAAGUGUGCACUGCGAAAAAGAUUUUACCCUCCACACGUGCAAGCAGAAAAUCGUGACAAGUUCCUACACUUGAAGCAGGGGGAAAUGACGGUGCAAGAAUAUCACAGUCAAUUUGUCACACUAGCAGAAUUUGCAACAUCACUUGUACCCGAUGAGGAGAGUAAGAUCGAGAAGUUCAUCGGAGGACUGAACUAUGACACACAGAAGAUGAUGACUGUGCAAGAAUGGCAAACAUUGGAUGAUGCCUAUUACAAAGCUGCGAAGCACUAUCGGGUAAUACAACUCCAACGAGAAGCCCACAAGAAAAUCCGGAAGAAUGAGGAGGAGAAUAAGGCAAGGGAGAAGAGGCUCAAAACUCAUCAGCAGGAACAACAGCCCACGUGGAGGAGAGGGGAUCAUCCACAAGAUGGAAGGAGAUUCCCCGGGCAGGGUCCAAGGCAAGAUCAACGAUAUGUGCCAAGAGACAGACAUUACCAUUGCAAGUUGUGCCAACGAGAUCACCCUGGUGUUGACUGUGAUGGAAAAGUGGUGAGUUGUUUCACUUGCGGGAAAAGGGGACAUCGGGCAUUCGAAUGCCUAAACAAAGAAAAGGCUGGUAAUCAAAACCAGGGACCUAUCCGUGGAGGCAGUAAUCAAGGUGGGAACAGGCAAGGAGCUGAAAACCGGGGCAACAACAACCCGGGAAAUCAAGCACAAAACAGCAAUCGGGGCCAGAAUCAGAACCAAGGAGGGGGAAACAACAAAAACAACAACAACCUCCCAAUCAGGGCCGGAUUUAUGUAAUGAAUCAGGUUCAGGCCCGCGCACACGAUGUGGUUUCAGAUGAUAUUGCUUUGGAUGAUGUGCUUGGUUAGAGACUUGAGAGCGUCCAUUAGAAGAUACUCUAGCACGGCUUUUAUUUAAAUUUAAGAACAUCACUCUGGAUCACUUUUGUUAUUUUUACUUCGCACGUGUUAUUUCAUUAAGUACAUUGGUUUUAUUUGCCUGUGCACUUAGCCAUGUUUUGCUAAGUGUGGCGGUAACACUCUAAAUUUUCAUUGUUAAAGACUUCCGCUGAAAUUGUCUUAAUAAAGUUAUCAUUUUAUUAUAAAAUUUCC